AUGGUCAAAGCAGACGAAGAGCCUUUCUGGGGCCAUGAUUCACACCAGGAGGAGCUUCUAAGUUCUAGUUCUGGGGGAAGCACAUAUGUCAAUUCAACAGUUAGAAAGGCACCUCCUGGGGUCAUCCUGUUUAAGCUUCUUCAAGCAGUCCUGAACCUUUGGUUACCUGUUCAUGGUGAAGAGGACAGAGUCACAAUCUUCACUAUGAACUCUACUGAAAAUGCACUCCUGGCAACAUUCAGUAAAGAAGAAUUUCCUUCAGCAGUACUUUUCUCACUGAAAACUAAAUCCAUUGUGAAGAUCUCCAUUGUAACAUUUUUGUAUAUUGUAAUUAUGCACACCAAUGGCUUGCUGAUUUUUACAUUUCUCAAACAGCCUCUGUUCCAUGACAGCUCUCGUUAUGUCCUGUACAUCCACAUGGUGUUCAAUGAUGUGUUUGAGCUGAGUGUUGCCGUUAUCAUGCAUAUUUAUUUACAGGUAAUGCCCUACACACCUGUGCCAGUGUGCUACUUUCUCCUGAUCCUGUCUGUUUCUAGUAGCUAUAACACACCCUUGAAUUUGGGGCUCAUGGCCCUUGAGCGCUAUGUUGCAAUCUGCCGACCGUUCCAGCAUGCAGAAAUCUGCACCAUUCCCAGAACUUCAUGUGCUCUUGCUGUGUUGUGGGUGAUAAGCCUCCUUCCUGCAACAUCAGACCUCAUCAGUGUCUUCUUUGUUGAGCCACUGAGCUUCUUCAACACCAGAGUAAUCUGUAAUGGAGACAGCUUUACUAGGGCACCAUUUCUGCUCAUUAAGAGGCACUGCACGAACAUCAUCUUUUUCUCACUUGUUUGGUUUACUAUCUUUUUCACAUAUGCUGGGAUUUUUACUGCUGCCCGUUCAGCCAGCAUUGCUGAUAAAUCAUCUGCCAAAAAGGCGUAUAACACUGUGCUUCUUCAUGCGGUUCAAUUAAUAUUAGGUAUGCUUAUAUUUCUUGGUCCAUUAACAGAGAUAUUCUAUGCUGAAUUGCCAAUCGAAAGCAAGAUGGAUGUUCAGUACACCAGGCUUGUCUUCAUAAACAUUUUUCCACGAGUUCUAAGUCCACUAAUUUAUGGACUAAGAGAUGAAAACUUCCGAAAGCACAUUAAAGGACAUUUGAAGUGCUUCUGCAAGAUGGUCCAUUCAGAUAAGGACAUGAAAAAAGAAUCUGUAGCUUUUUAG